AUAUAAAGAAUAUUCUAUACUUUUAUAAUAAACAAACAAAUUAAACAAUUUUAAAUAAAUUUUAAUUAUUUUUAAUUAUUCAAAUUAAUUUUUAAUCACUAAUUAACAAUUUAAGUAUACAAAAUUCUUUAUAUUUUAAAACUUUAAUCAUUAAUUACAUUUUAUUGUUAAAAAUUAUUGUUAAUAACUUUUUAACUAAUAAUAUUAAUAUUCAUAAUGUUUAAAUUAAUUUUUAAUAUUAAUAAUGUGAAAAUUAUGAAAAACUCAGAAAUUGGUUGGAAAACUGAAUUUUGGCUCCAUCUCUUGAAAACGGUCAAAACUUUAAGCCCCUUCCACUUGAAAACUCCCCUAAUUCAAGUACGCCCACGCAACUUCUUAUCUCUCAAGGCUGGGCCUGAAGGGCCCAAUACCGUCACUGACCUAACCAGUUUUUUCCCCAUUUUCUUUCCUUGGAUCCAAUCCUUGUAAUUUCCCAACCUCUUUUUCCUCCACUUUGAGACCCAUUAUUUUAAAACAUAGUUCCAUCCCUAAAAAUAGGUAGGGACAAUGAUAUAAAAAUACGAACCCCGUUGAGAAGUUAGUCACAAAAAACAGUCACAAAAAACAGUCACACAAAAAACAGUCACAAAAACAGUCACAAAAAACAGUCACAAGAAUUCUAAAAAAACUACUUCUUCCUCAAAUUCUUCUUCAAGUUCAAGUUCAAGUUCAAGUUCAAGUUCAAGUUCAAGUUCAAGUUCAAUUAAUUUUCAUUUUUUUCUAACAAUUUUCUAAGUGUUAAAUUUAAAUUGUAUUAAAAAUUUCCACGAUUCAAGCCAAAAAUUCAACACUUUUUCAACCAAUUUCCGAGUCUACAAGUGCCAAUUUGUUUAAAUAAAAUGUCAGGAUAUACUAGUACAAAGAAAAAAUUAACGAAAACCCAGCGGAAGGUUAUCAAUAGGAAUUUAAAACAGUCUCUGGGAGACAAGUGGCUUCCAGUAGCUGAAUUUAGGAAGGCAAAAGCGGAAAAAUUAAAAAGGAUAGAAGAAGAAAAAUCGAGACUGCCCGAAUCCGUAGAGCAGAACGAGCCAUUAGUUAAGAAGUGUGAUUUUAAAUUAGUAAAAGGGCAAAUUCACCCUGAAGUAUUCAGACAAUUAAAUCUUGAUGCUAAAAUAAUUUUAUUUCGACGAAGCCUUUGUAAUCAUAAUAACAAUCCUAAAACCUGUCUCACUUGCAAAGAUCUAUGGAAAACUAAUUACAAAAUACCGAGAACUAAUGUACAACGGGAUAUAGAUUAUAGAAAAGUCUUAUAAUACAGUCAAUUUUGUUUCAUAAAAUUUCUUUUGCUAUUCAUUUCCUUUUUUUUUCCUCUCUCUCCUCUCCCCUAAUCUUUACAAUUUAAACUCUAUGAAUGAGGGAAGAAUUACAAGAAGUCAGGCUAAGGCUGAUCCUAUUUUAGCAACAGAAAUCGAAGCUUUUAAUCCUUUUAUUACAGGAAAACAAUUAGAUCGAUCUCCCUGUAAAAGUGAAAAUAAUUUAGAAAAUUUAACAACCUCAACACCAAUAGUGGAAUCUCAAUUUGAAUCAAAUUUUCCUAAUAUUUCAUUAUCAGAAAGUUCAUUUACUUCAGGUGAAACUGUUAGAAGACAAUUAGAUUUCAAUUCGAGUUUUAAUGAUAUUACAACUAUUCCUUUUGGAAAUACGAACGAAACAUUAAUUGAAAAAAAUACUAUUGACAAUACUUUAAUUGAUAAUAAUCUAACGUUACAAGAAAAUUUAAAUUUUACCAACAUGGCUUUAAAUGCAAAUCAAACGGUCAGUUUAACUGAUGCCUUAAAAGCAGUUCCAGAGUUUAAUGGAACUAAUAUCCCUAUUAAUAUCUUUUUAAGAGGAUGUUCAGAAGCUAAAAGUAUGGUAGCAGCAGCGGCUGAAGGUAAUCUUGUGAAAUUAAUUAGAACCAAAAUUUAUGGUGAGGCCCAAGAGACAAUUAUUGGACAAAAUUUUGAAACAAUUGAAGCUUUAGGAAAUUUCCUUAAAGAUAUUUAUAUAGUUAGCCGAACGGUUAAACAAUUGUUAGGAGACUUAGGCAAUGAAUAUCAAAGGGAAGAUGAAAAUGUCAUAACAUUCGCAAAUAGAAUUCGAGAUAUAGGGACGCGAAUUAUUGAAGCUCAACGCACUUUCACCGGUACUGUAACCGAAGAUUUUAUAACUGAAACCCAAGCUGAUAUCGUAGACAGUUUUAAAGAAGGACUCCUUCCAGAAAUCGAAAACAAAAUGCCAGUGAAUGCUAACAUUACUGAAUUAAUAAAAAGCGCAAUUAAAAUCGAAAAAAGAUUAGUCACACAAAAAGGUAGGCGAAAUAAUUUAAUUUCAGAUUCAAAACCUGUAAGAAGGAAAGAGAUUUUUACAUGUCAAUUAUGUAAAGAAGAAGGACAUGAAGCAACCGAUUGCAGUCUGCGUAAUGAUAAAUUUUGUAAUAACUGUAAAAAUAAUGAUCAUAAUACUCAAGAUUGUCAGAAAAAAAAUAAUAAUACUAAUAUUAUCUGUCAAAUUUGUAAUAAACCGGGUCAUAAAGCAUCUGAUUGUUUUAAAAUCAAACCUUGUAUAAAUUGUGGAAAAACGGGACAUGAUUCUAAAUUUUGUAGACAAAUGACUAAUUCUAAUUCCUUAGUUUGUCAAAUUUGUGGUAAACCGGGACACGAAGCUAAAACAUGUAGAUCUCUUUCUAAUUCUAAUUCUGUAGUUUGUCAAAUUUGUGGUAAACCGGGACAUGAGGCUAAAAUAUGUAGAUCCCUUUCUAAUUCUUUAGUUUGUCAAAUUUGUAGCAAACCAGGACAUAAUGCUAAAACAUGCUUUAAAAAUCCAUUUUAUAAACCCGACAAUAUGCAACAAAAGUUUCAAAAUCCGUUAGAAUCGCGAUCUCAACUACAAUGUCAAAAUUGUAAUGGUAUAGGUCAUACAGCGGCAACAUGUCGACGUCUUGUUAAUCAAUUAUCGAUGAACCCAACUCAAAUAGUGACUUGUAGAUAUUGCAAAGGUAUAGGUCACACAUUAGAAGAAUGUAGGAAAAGAUUAUUUAACAAUCAAAGAUUUCAGGGAAACGGCCAGAGUCUCCCCCUUCCGAGCGCAAACAUGGAGACUCAAAUAACACCAAUGCGCUCAGUGAAUGUGACCGAAACAGUAGACCUACCGUGCGAAUUAACGUUGUAAACGAAACACAAAGAAAAUUUU